UAUGGCGCAGAAGCGCACGGACAGUCGAUUGCACGACGUUGAGGUGGUUUAGUGGCGCCUGUAACUUCGCGUUAGAAAGGCGAGCAACCAACAGUUUACUUUGAGAGAUUGGACAGCGAUUUUUCUUAUUUCAAACAAGAUACGCAGCGAGGGGAUGAAAACGUAAAACCCGUGGUGACACAUUUUUCGUCCCUGUCGAAACAAUCAGAAGCUCUAAGAUGCCGUUCACGGCGGAUGCUGCGGCCAGCCAGAUUCAGGAGAGGCUGAAGAACCUGUACCAUCUGGUGCACGAGAUCGAGAGUCAACGAGUUCGCUCGGAGCACAAUUUAAAUAGUAUCGUAAAAACGUACGAAAAAGUAACCCCGGAGGACAAAGUGUCUCCCUACUACCAGCAAAAGCUGAAGAAUCUCUACAACGCGGCGAUAGGCGACUCCCAGCAGGAAGAGGAAAUCCUGCGCAAGGCAUUGGGAAAGAUCAACGAAAUUCGCGCGAUUAGAAACGAACGACGGAUACAGGCCCGUAACGCAGGGAACAAAGAGACGAUUCGUCGAGGUGCCUUGAUGAAGAUGCUGCUGAGUACAGCGCAGACCCUUCCUCUGUACGUGGGCAAGACACCGGGUGCGAAACCGCCACCUCUGUGCGGGGCUAUCUCGGCUGAACCCACCUACAUCGCGAAAAUGGGAGACAUGGUGGCGGCUUUGGUGAAGGGAUCCGAAGAAGAGGAGAAUUGGAUCCUAGCUGAAGUGGUGCAGUUCAACUCGGCCGCGAACAAAUACGAGGUGGACGACAUUGACGAGGAGCAAAAGGACAGGCACACGUUGUCUCGAAGAAGGGUGGUGCCUCUGCCACUAAUGAGAGCUAAUCCAGAGACCGAUCCGCAUGCCCUUUUCCCUAAAGGGUCCAUCGUUAUGGCGCUCUAUCCUCAAACGACUUGCUUUUACAAGGCAGUGGUGAACCAACUGCCCACCACCGCCACCGAGGAAUACGAAGUGCUGUUCGAGGAUGCGACAUACGCGGAUGGUUAUUCGCCGCCAUUGAACGUUGCUCAACGUUACGUGAUCUCUAUCAAGGAGAGCAAGAAGAACAAGAGUCAGUGUUAGCGGAACUGUGCUCUACUCUCAGUAUUAUCAUCGUCACACUCGCGUUUGUACAUUAUUGUUAAAUAGUUGUCUUUUUGUACUCUACUAAAGAAUACCUAAUAAAGUUAACGAGGUUCGAACGUU